UGUUUAAUUUUUUUGAGACUGGGAAUAUUUUUCUGUAUUGCGUUUUUUGCUUUGCUAGUGAAAAUUAGUGAAUAUCUGCAGCUGCUAUUACUUCUCGAAAAUAAUAAAUAUUAUUAUUUAAUAUCUAUAUAUUUGUGCUUGUGUAAACUAAUAAUAUAAAGUGCACCCGUAUACAAAAAGUUGAAGUUAAGUGGUUACUCACUAUAAAUAGCAGCACAAAAACGCCAAUACAGGCAUUUCGAUGCUAAGGAUCCGCAUCAAAAUGGGUCCACAACAGCGUAAUAAGGAAUGGACAUGCUGCUUUGGUUUGCAUGUCCACACCGCCACCAUUAUGAUUGGCCUUUGGCAUUUGUUUCUAAAUAUCUUGGCACUCAGUCUACUCGCUGUAAUAUGGCGCAAUCCGCACAUGAUGGAGGAACUCGAGAGUGGUUACGAUUAUACUGUGGAUUUGAGCGCACCACCAUUACCCACACCACUAAGCAAGGUGGAUCCACCAUAUCCCUAUCGUGAUCAUUCGCUCAGCUAUCGCAAGCAAUAUCAUAACUUUGAUAUGGGCGGCCUGGUGUGCACCUGCAUGAUUGCCAUUACGCUAAUGAUGAUUUACGGCACACUCAAGGGUAAACCCUCACAUCUCUUGCCAUUCUUCUGCUUGCAACUGUUCGACUUUGCCAUCACCACACUCACCGCGGCCGGUUACAUCUGCUAUCUGCAAGCCAUACACCGUCUAAUUGCCGAAUCGCAUCGCUUGCCAUGGCGUGAGAAGUUGCUCGAGAUGUCACAAGAAGAGCUCAUGGUCAUCGUUUUGGUCGUCUUCAUUUGCAUUGUUUUCUUAAAGGCCUACGCCAUUGGCAUCGUCUGGCGUUGCUAUAAAUAUCUUACAUUGCGCCAGCAGAAUCUGCGCACGCUGCUACCGUGUGUGCUGCCCGAACUGGGUGGUGCCGGUUUGAUGGGUAGCGAGGAACGAGCCUACUCCACACUCUUGCCCAACUACGAUGAGGCUAUUGCACAGUAUAUGAAGCAGGCGCCACCACCAUCCUACCAGGUGGCCAUGUCCAAUUAUCAGCGUGUCGAUGCGCAAUUGGAUAACACUGCUGUUGCUGCUAAUAAUGCGCCGAUUGUUGACGGUGCUGCAGUGGUCACUGUUGAUGAUACCAUGGACAAUAAUAAUGAUACGCCGAACAACAACAAUACAGUGCAUGUAAAUGCCAAUACACCGCCAAUGCGUCGCAAUGAGGCUGACGCUGGCGCUGAGGGCGUUGAGCUGGAGCAUGUCGCAGUUGUUGAUGCCCCGGCUGCUGCUGCUGCUGCUACUGCUCCAUCAGCCUCUGGUGAGCUGACACCACCACCAUCCUACUUAGAUGCUGCUGCUAGGAUUUCGAUUGCCGACGCACAACAACUCGUUGCGCCAGCUGCUGAACGUCCAGUAGAAAAUAGAAAUGAGAGUCAGGCUUAAGCUGGUGUGGGAGUGACGGAAGUGUGGUUUUAGGUAGUGCGUGUGUGUAGGGAGUUGCCAAGUGUCGGAUUUUAGAAUUUUGGGUGCAGUAGAGCGUACUUUUGGUUUCUCAAACAAAAUAGCUGUGGAGAGUUUCGGGGUUUUCGGUUAGUAUGCAACAAUCUUGUAUUGUGUAUAAGUGUAUUGUGGAGGUACUGAAGGUGAAUUAGUUAAAAUAAAGUGCAAGACUAACGCAGGGAGAGUUUUCGUAAAUGAUUUUUUUUGCAAUUAAAAAUUUCUUUUUUUAAUUUCACAUUAAAAUAUUUUCAAAUUACAUUAUUUUCAAGCUAAACAAAUUUCAAAUUUCAAAAGAAGUUUUUUUAUAUAUUUUUUUUUAAAUUAAAUUUUUUAAUUUAAACUUUUUUUAAAGCAAAGUUCUCAUUUUAUGUGGACUAGUUAAUGCAGUAAAAACGUUUAGCGUAGUUUUUUUGGGUGUAACAAUUUGAUUUGAGUGCAACGCUAUUUUUGUUUUUCAAAUAUUAAGAAAUAUUAAUGAAACUUUGUUAGUCAUUAAUAUACAACAAAAAAAAAAAAAAAUAGCAUAAUAACAAUAUUUAUGCAAAAAUACCACAAAAAUAUGAAUUGUUAAAAAAAUUAACACAAAUACAUUAGGGUUAUCCUUAAAGCAACAGCUAUAAAGUGCUAAGCAGCUGAGUUGCAUAAAAUUAAAUUAAAAUUUCAACAUUUUCGCUCUAAAUGUGCUCUAAUAUCAAUAUACACCGCAACAAAAAACAAAAACAAAACAAUAAAAUUAUAAAACUAUAAUAGUAUGAAUGCAAAACAGGGUGAUGCAAGUGAAAGUGAAUUAAAUCGAAUAAAAAAAGAGUUUUUAAAAAUGAAAUGUGUACUGAAUGAAACUAAAAUGCAAACAAGAAGGAAGAAAAUAAAAUAUUCAAAUUAAAUAUUAAAUUAAAAAAAUAAAUAAAUCAAAUAUAAAUAAAAAAUAAAAGUAAAUAAAUACAAGAAAUUGAAGAAAACAAAAAUAAAAAAUUUAAGAACAGAAAAAUAAAAAAAUUAUGAAAAUAAAAAUAAAAUAAAAAAUCAAAGAAAAUAAAAACUAAAUAUUAAAUUAAAUAAAAAUGAAAAAUUAAAUAAAAUAAAACUGAAAAAUUAAAUUAAAUAAAAUUUAUACAACAACUACUUAACCAAAAACAAAAAAAAACUGGUGCAUUAGUAGACACUUGAAAUGCAUAAUAUGGCUAUAGCAUAUACAAUACAUACAAAAACAAAAAAAAAAACAUAUUUGUGGCAAAAAAUUUGCAAACAUUUAAAAAUGUCUAAAGAGUGAAGAGUAGACGGGCGUAGAGGCAGCAAAUAUAUUUGCGUUUUUAAUACAUGUAAACAAAAAAAAAAACAAAAACAAAUGUCCAAAUCAUAUACUAAAACAAAGAGUAGCGCAAAUAUAACCAAAAACAAAAACAAAUUAAAACAAAAACAAAAAAAAAAUAAAAUAAAAUUGAUUUGAUUUUUAUGAUUUGCACCUACUUAUCUAUCGCACAAUUAAUAAAUAAAUAAUCAAUGUUUAUGGUUAGCGUGUCUUGUCGAUAUUUUUGCGCGUUUAACAGCAUUUUUAACGUUUUCUAUACAUACAAACAAACAAAAACAACAUACAUGCAAAAGGAUUGUUCUACAUUUUACUUUUUUUUCAAACUUUUUUUUUACAAAAUUUGUUUGUUUCCAACCGCACUUCACAGCUACACAUGCGUACAUACAAACAAGUGUAAUAACUUUGUCAAUUAAUUUUUGUGUUUGUCUUAUUCAAAAUUAUUUUCCUCUUAGCAACUAGUUUUAGUAUGUAUUUUUUAAAGUUAUACAACUUUCUUUUUGUAGUAUUAUAUAAGAUUUUCGUAUUGUAAUUAUUAUAAUUAAAAUGUUUAUUAACAUCAUUCAAUUCAAUAAUUAUUAUUAUAGAUGCACAUUCAAACAUUAUACAUAUAUAUUUUAAAUAUUAUAUUAAAUAAUAUAAAGAAAUAUACAUACAAACAUACAUAUGUACUAAAGAAAAAAAUAUUGCGUAAUCAACGUCAAUGUUAAGCAAACAAUAUUCAUAUUCGAAUAGGGUAGUUAACGGUAUGAUGAUAUGUCAAAGAUGACUUGUGGAAGUGUAAACGAGUAAAAUAAAUACACAAGAAAAACAAAAAAAAA